AUGCCAGACGAGCCGAGGACUGAUGAUGUGGUUUUGGAUUGUGAAGUCAGUUCUGAGAGCAGCUGGCUCCCAUUUGUCCCAUUUGGUGAAGUCUUGGUCGUUCACAGCCUCAUUAAAGUUUCCUGUGUUACUGAUGUUUAUUACGAGGUUAGUGUUGCAGUCUUUGCAAAUGAUCCAGACUACAGUGACUAUUAUAACUUGGUAGAAUCAGAUUCAUCAUACAGUGAUGGCAGCACAAGGGUCUUCGGUGGGGUUGUCCUGGCCGUCCUGUACAGCACAGUUUUCAUCGUUGGUUUGCUGGGGAACGCUGUGGUCCUGUGUGUGCUGAUCAGAUACCGUCACAGAUGCAGUCUGACAGACAUGUGUUUCCUCAGUCUGGCCGUGUCUGACCUGCUCUUUCUUGCCUCGCUCCCUGUUUGGGCUCACAGUGCGGUGCACGGAUGGGUUCUUGGCUCAUUCAUGUGUCACAUCAUAACCGCUCUCUUCAUGAUGGGUCUGUACAGCAGCGUCUUCUUCAUGGUCCUCAUGACACUGGAUCGCUACGUCAUCAUCGUCUACAAACACAGCAUCUGUUCCAGAAAACGGCCUGCAAAAAUGGCUCUGAGCUUAUUUGUAUGGAUGCUCAGCCUGUUUGCGUCCCUCCCUGAUAUUGUUUUUGCCAAAGUGAAAAAGGACACGAGCACCAAAGAAUCCUGCAGAUCUGAAUUUCCUGAAGGUGCAGCCUGGAUGUCGUUUACGUACCUGAACGUCCUGAGCUUGAUUCUGCCUCUGAUUAUCAUGAGCUUCUGCUUUUGCCGGAUCCUCAGCAGUAAAUCAGAAGAAAAGCACAGGAUCAUCAGACUCCUCCUGGCUUUGCUGGCCGUUUAUUUCCUCUUCUGGACUCCAUACAACAUCAUCACAUUCCUCAGGUUCCUGCAGACGAAGGGCUUCAUGCUUUUUCGUGAGUGGUCUAAUGAUCUGAGUCUUGCCAAGCAGUGGGUGGAAGCGAUCGCAUUAAGCCACUGCUGCCUCAAUCCCAUCAUCUACACCUGUGUGGGACAGAAGUUCAGAAGAGCAGUGCUUACAGUCCUGAAUGAGCCACUUUCAUCCAGCUUCAGCUCUCCACAGUCACCUGACAGCACAUCUUCUGAAUAUUCCUCCAUACUGAUCACAUAGAGAGCAAACACACUCUCUGAGUUCAGUCGUCUUUGUUUUGUUUUUUGACAGUUUUGUUAACAAUUAUGUAUGUGAAGUAGAAGAAUGUAGAAGCUGAAACUGUUGCAAAGGUACACAUAUAAUGCAUGCAUAUCACUCAUAUUUUAUAUAUGCAAAUGAUACAGAAAUGAAUGAUUUC